AUGAAAGCCACACAGGAGAUAGGCCAGGAGCAGAAGAUUAGACCUGAAAUUCUUGAGGACUUUGGGCCCUGGAUGCUGGCGACGAGGGCCAAAAGAAGACCAAGGCAACAGAGCAACCAAAAGAACAACAACCAAGAAAAGAAGAGAGAAGAGCUAGGGGAGCAAGGAUCUCGAUUUAGUGUUCUGGAUGGGGAAGUGGAAAUGGAUGUUGAUGAAGAUAUUGGUGCAGCAAUCAAUGAAGAAGAGGGAUUACAUUCUAACUUGGAUGCAACUAUCUCAGCAAGUCAUCCCGCGAAAAAAUCAAUUGAGAAAACCAAGAAGGGAGUCAGUGAAGCAUCAAAUGUGAAGGAGAGCAAGGCAAAGAAGGAAUUGAAGAUUAGAGAAGGGAACAAAGAGAAGAUGGAGAAGGCUGGAUCAAGUAUCCCACCCCUCAUUGGCAGGACUGUCAGCGCACCCAAGCAAGUAAGAAGCAGUGGUGAUCGCCUUUCCAAAGACACCCCCAAGAGUGCCCUGAGAACUAAACAAGCAAAUGAGGCCAAGCAACCGCCCCACCAUAAGCUGGCCAAACCAAAGAGUGGAGUGGCCACACAUCACUCUGGCUCCCCUGGCUGUGGAAAUGAAAGAGGGCAAGCCUCAGGAGCUAGAGCAGGACACCAACCAAAAAUGAAGGCUGAAGUUCCUUGCAAUGAAAGUAAGAAGAAAGCAAAGAAGAAAGUGGGAUCCCCUAAUGUAGAUCUUGGGUGCCCAAAAAAGAUCAACUUCGACCAGAUUCCGGUAGAAGCUGCUAAGUUGCAGAAAGUACAUUUCCAUCCGAGAUCAAUGCUAAUGCAAAAGAUCAAGGGAGGGAAGAGAUGGCCAUCGCCAACGAUAAUUGCUGAUCUCGCUUCAGAAAGUCUAGGGAAACGCCUUUUAACCUGA